AUGAAUGGGUUACGCGAACGUGCAUGGAAGGUGAGCCAUGGUAGCGUCUCCACCGUGAAGGUGAGCCAUGGUAGCGGCUCCACCGUGAAGGUGAGCCAUGGUAGCGGCUCCACCGUGAAGGUGAGCCAUGGUAGUCUCCCCACCGUGAAAGUGAGCCAUGGUAGCGUCUCCACCGUGAAGGUGAGCCAUGGUAGCGUCUCCACCGUGAAGGUGAGCCAUGGUAGCGUCUCCACCGUGAAGGUGAGCCAUGGUAGCGGCUCCACCGUGAAGGUGAGCCAUGGUAGCGGCUCCACCGUGAAGGUGAGCCAUGGUAGCGGCUCCACCGUGAAGGUGAGCCAUGGUAGCGUCUCCACCGUGAAGGUGAGCCAUGGUAGCGUCUCCACCGUGAAGGUGAGCCAUGGUAGCGUCUCCACCGUGAAGGUGAGCCAUGGUAGCGUCUCCACCGUGAAGGUGAGCCAUGGUAGCGUCUCCACCGUGAAGGUGAGCCAUGGUAGCGUCUCCACCGUGAAGGUGAGCCAUGGUAGCGGCUCCACCUUGAAGGUGAGCCAUGGUAGCGGCUCCACCGUGAAGGUGAGUCAUGGCAGCGGCUCCACCGUGAAGGUGAGCCAUGGUAGCGGCUCCACCGUGAAGGGCGAGAAUGAUCGCUGGGAGGGUGCUCAGGGUGAGAAUGAUCGCUGGGAGGGUGCUCAGGGUGAGAAUGAUCGCUGGGAGGGUGCUCAGGGCGAGAAUGAUCGCUGGGAGGGUGCUCAAGGCGAGAAUGAUCGCUGGGAGGGUGCUCAGGGCGAGAAUGAUCGCUGGGAGGGUGCUCAAGGCGAGAAUGAUCGCUGGGAGGGUGCUCAGGGUGAGAAUGAUCGCUGGGAGGGUGCUCAAGGCGAGAAUGAUCGCUGGGAGGGUGCUCAGGGCGAGAAUGAUCGCUGGGAGGGUGCUCAGGGUGAGAAUGAUCGCUGGGAGGGUGCUCAAGGCGAGAAUGAUCGCUGGGAGGGUGCUCAGGGCGAGAAUGAUCGCUGGGAGGGUGCUCAGGGCGAGAAUGAUCGCUGGGAGGGUGCUCAGGGCGAGAAUGAUCGCUGGGAGGGUGCUCAGGGCGAGAAUGAUCGCUGGGAGGGUGCUCAGGGCGAGAAUGAUCGCUGGGAGGGUGCUCAAGGCGAGAAUGAUCGCUGGGAGGGUGCUCAGGGCGAGAAUGAUCGCUGGGAGGGUGCUCAGGGCGAGAAUGAUCGCUGGGAGGGUGCUCAGGGCGGGAAUGAUCGCUGGGAGGAAGCCAUGAAAAAAAUAAAAAAUAAAUUAAGGAAAAAUGGGAAGAUAUCUGAGGGAAAGUAUUACAUUAAAAGAUUAAAUAUUUUUUUUUCCUCCGUGUAUCAAAAAACUCUUCGAAUUGUUAGUCCUGAGUUCUUAGAUAAGAAGUUUGAAAAUACUGAUUCUAUUGGUUUCAAGCUUUGCUAUCCAAAAUAUUCUGUAAGAACGAACGAACGAGAUAUAGGACAAGAUACCCUUCGGGUGAGCGGGGAAGUGGAUAUAGGUGAAGAAUAG